UCUCCCACAGUCAAAUCACCCGCUUGUAUAGUCGCUUCACCAGCCUAGACAAAGGAGAAAAUGGCACUCUUAGCCGUGAAGACUUCCAGCGGAUUCCAGAACUUGCCAUCAAUCCACUGGGAGACAGAAUUAUCAACGCCUUCUUUCCAGAAGGAGAGGACCAAGUGAAUUUCCGUGGAUUCAUGAGGACACUAGCUCACUUCCGACCCAUAGAAGAUAAUGAAAAGAGCAAAGACCAGAAUGGACCAGAACCACUGAACAGCCGAAGUAACAAGCUCCACUUUGCUUUUCGGUUAUAUGAUCUAGAUAAAGAUGACAAGAUUUCCAGGGAUGAGCUUCUUCAGGUAUUACGGAUGAUGGUUGGUGUAAAUAUUUCAGACGAGCAGCUGGGCAGCAUUGCUGACAGGACAAUCCAGGAAGCUGAUCAGGAUGGAGAUAGUGCCAUCUCCUUUGCAGAGUUUGUAAAGGUUUUGGAGAAGGUGGACGUAGAGCAGAAAAUGAGCAUUCGAUUUCUUCACUGAUGGAUGGAGAACCCAUUCUUUCUACCCCUACUAUAUGAUGAAUAGAACUUCAUUUUCUCCUUAGCACCUUCCCCCAGAGCAUUGCUACUGGUGCAGAUACAUCUCCAACCCCUCCCUGAUUUGUUCUACCAAUGUGAACAUUCCCUGUGCAUCAGGAACAAAGGGAAAUGGCUGCCAUGCAACUUGGAAAGGAGCAAUUUUUUUUUUUAAAUCUUUUCCUUACGUUUUUUUUUCCCUUUCUCCCUUGUCUCCUUCACUGCUGUUUCAGCAAAAAUGUCUCUCCUUAUGUACUGCUGUUUAAUCUACAAACUGAUUCUUCUGAGCUCUGAAUCUGAGAAUGGAAAAACAGGAACACGCCACAGAAGCGCCCUCUGAAAUACUUUGGAGACAAGCAUCUACUCAAGUACUAGGUGCAGUGAUAAUGAUUCACUUUUGCUUCCAGUAGCGACACCACACUACAGCUGCCUCUUUCCCCCCCAUUUGGCUCUUUACAUGCAGAUUUGUUGCUUUACUGCUUCCA